UAGCUUUCUCUCUCCUGCAUUUGCUGCUGUGUCAAAACUUUUCUCGUCAUCCAAGUGGUAGGAAGUUGCUGCUGCUGAUCUAAAGUGCUGUAUUCGUGGAGAGAAAAGAACGAAAGUGAAAAAAAUCAUUAACGUUUUAUCUUUCCCGGACUUGAAGUGUAAAAAGCAGGAAUAAUACGUGGCUUUCAAUUUUACUAGUGGUGCAGUUGAACCUUUUCCUAUAGUUUACCUUCGUGCUGGUAAAUUGUGUAAGAAAAGCCAGUCAUGGAUGAGGAAUAUGACGCCAUUGUGCUGGGCACGGGGCUAAAGGAGUGUAUUCUCAGCGGAAUGUUAUCGGUAUCAGGCAAAAAAGUUCUGCAUAUCGACCGCAAUAAGUAUUACGGUGGCGAGUCGGCUUCGAUCACGCCCCUAGAAGAUUUGUUCUCCCGAUUCGGCGUUGAGCUACCGGAAGGAAAGUAUGGACGCGGUCGCGACUGGAACGUCGAUCUCAUCCCCAAGUUUCUGAUGGCCCACGGGUUGCUCGUAAAGCUGCUAAUUCACACGGGCGUAACCCGUUAUCUGGAGUUCAAGUCGGUGGAGGGUAGUUACGUCUACAAGGGGGGCAAGAUUUCCAAAGUGCCCGUGGAUCAAAAAGAGGCCCUCGCUUCGGAUUUAAUGGGCAUGUUCGAAAAGCGACGUUUCCGCAACUUUCUGAUCUACGUGCAGGACUUUGUUCAGGCUGACCCAAAGACGUGGAAGGAUUUCGAUCCGACGAACAAGAGCAUGCAGGACCUGUAUGAUAAGUUUGGUUUGGACAAAAAUACUCAAGAUUUCACCGGUCAUGCGCUAGCCCUGUAUCGUGACGAUGACUAUCUCGCAGAGCCGGCUGUUAAAACGAUCAAUCGCAUCAAGCUGUACUCGGAUUCGCUGGCCCGUUACGGUAAAUCGCCGUAUCUGUACCCAAUGUACGGACUGGGAGAGUUGCCGCAAGGUUUUGCCCGUUUGUCUGCCAUCUACGGGGGCACUUACAUGCUGGACAAACCGAUUGAUGAAAUUGUCUACGACGAUAGCGGAAAGGUAGUUGGAGUGCGUUCUGGUGCAGAAGUAGCUAAAUGCAAACAAGUUUACUGUGAUCCAACAUACGUACCAGGGAAGGUACGUAUCAAGGGAAAAGUGAUCCGAUGCAUCUGUCUACUAGAUCAUCCGAUCAAUAACACGAAAGACGCGCUGUCUACCCAGAUAAUCAUUCCGCAAAAGCAGGUCGGACGUCAAUCGGACAUUUACGUGUCGCUGAUUAGUUCUACGCAUCAGGUGUCAGCAAAAGGCUGGUUCAUCGGCAUGGUUUCAACCACGGUGGAAACCGACAACCCAGAGGCUGAGAUCCGACCAGGUCUGGAACUUCUAGCUCCGAUUGCACAAAAGUUCGUAUCCGUUUCCGACUACUAUGAACCUACGGACAACGGAUUGCAAUCGCAGGUAUUUAUCUCGGAGUCUUAUGACGCCACAACGCAUUUCGAGACGACCUGUUUGGAUGUGUUGGACAUCUUCAAGCGUGGCACUGGCGAAGACUUCGAUUUCUCCAAGAUAAAACAGGAGUUGGGUGAAGAGGAUCAGUAGAAUGGGACAGUUCAAUGAUAAGAAAAAGUGUAAUUCCUCUUUCUAACAGCGAGAAACACAAUUAAAAGAGAAAGCUUCUCCGAAUAAAAAAAAUAUAUUAAUUACGAUUAAUACAUGGAAAUAUCUGCAUCUGAUACAUUAUUAAUAUUUACUGCUAUUUUUAGUAUGAGUAUCAAGAAUAUAACUUCGAACAUGUAAUUGUAUGACAGACAAAACUCAGCUAUAGUAAAGCACUCUCCGGGCAAAAAAAUUGAAAGAUAAAAAAACGAAUCAGAAAUCAUCACCAUUACGACUUGUCAGUUUUGAAGGUACAGAACAAAGCAAACAAACGAACAUCGAAGCAUCUCCUAGGAAAAAAAGCGGAGCUAAACUAAACUAAAUACCAUUAUGAUCAAAUGGAUGAGUCAAAUCGUUCACACUUUUUCACAUAUUAACGCCAAUGGUCUACGGGCACUGAUUUGCUACCUUUCGAUUUUGUUUUUCCUUAUGUUUUAUUGUGAAUGCUAAGAGGAUUGUUUCUGUCAGAUUUAUGCAUGUUUUUUCGCGAAACAUUCACACUUCACCUACAGUCAGCAGAUUUUCAAUAGGAAACAGUUUCGCUUGACGAGAACGAGAAAACAGCUGCAAGAGAGACUUUACGGAAUAAGUAAAAAAAAGCUCGAUUAUACCGUGGAAGGAAAAUAGAAUAAUCAAAUUUAUCCGCGCAUAUUCACUGGAAAAUGAUAAAACAUAGUAAGACUUUAUUGAGUAAGAAAAUAUUUGAAAUGCAUGGCAGAAAAAAAAAUGGAAAUACAUCUGGCAAUGUUUACUGGAUUUUUAAGAAAAGAAAUAACAUGUUUUCCUCGGCUUUUGUUUUGAACAGCUUGAUUAUAUUAUCAUCGAUUAUUGUAUGUUUGCGCAAAUCAUCAAAUAAAACUGAUUGUUUAGUAACCAAUGUUGAACCGAAAACAUAUUGCGAAGAACGCGAAAGAAUAACCUAAAACAACUUGCAAUUCAACUGAUUAGGGGCUCGUUAGGCAAGCUUUGAUGCCAGACAACUACAUUAAUAAAAAAAAACAUUCCUUUCCGCGAAACAAACGAAACGCAGAAAUUAGGAAACUGAUGCAAGCAAAAAAAAGGAGUUGAUUUUUUGAAUACAUAAAUAUCGCUUUGGCUAUCCACACAUGGAACACAGCGUGUUAAAAUAUUUAGUAGAAGUCAUUGAAAAAUGUGCUUUCCGAAUGUAGUUGAAAUUGGAUUUGAGUAACUUUUUUGUUUGCAAUUCUCGCAACGUAAUCGCUGUGUUUGAAUUGUUUUCUUUUCAAUGAUUUGUUUAUGUGAUCAUUCAUAUCGUUGGUUGCAAAGCACUAAACCGAGUAAUCAAAGUAAUGUUCCCAAUUUGGAAGGACGAAUAAAGGAAGUUUCAUCACUCCGUGAGAGAA